AUGUCAUCGGGAGAUCCACCUCGACCACCCCCAGUUGACAAGGGGAAAGCCUCCAUUGGUGGCCCAUCUUCUGCCGUUGGUCAACAGUCUGCACCAUCCCUAGUUACAGGUGAUAUAGUUGCCCCACAGCCUAUGGUUGAUGCUAAUUUAGAUGCAGAACCUGACCCUCCUCUACAGGACCUUCCGAUGAUUGAACCUGUCGAUCGAGGGUUUGUUCCAUCUAGAGUUGCUUCACAGGCUAUCAUAAAGAUAAUCAAGCAACAAUUUCUUAAUCCUUGGCCAUCAUGGGGAUCAAUACCUGAAAAAGAUAAGGAAAUUUUUUGGCAACGUUUCAAGUGGGCACCAGAGCAUGAAAUUGCCAUUAAGAGAAAUUUCAACAGCAGAGCUUCCCAUCGUCUAUCUAAGCUAUUUAGAUAUGCUAGAAUGGCUAGAGAAAGGCCAGAAUGGAUUCCUAAUGAUGUGUGGACAAGGCUGUUAGAACAUUGGAAUUCUCCAAGUUAUUGGAGCAAAUGUAUUACAACAAAAAAGAAUAGGGCUUCUGAAAUAGGUGGGACCCUACACACAGGUGGAUCCAUUACCACUUACGAGCAUGACCUUCGUAUGGCACGUGAGUUGGGACGCCAUGUGUUUCUUGAUGAAGUCUUUCAACAGACACAUAUCCGGAAGGGUACUGGCGAGUAUGUGGAUGAGAGGUCUAGGAAGACAAAUGAAGAAUUUCAAACUAGGCUUUCUCAAGUUAGAUCUGAGGUUUCCUCAUGUGCUGAUAGAACACAAGAGCAGUCCUCUGUUGAUCCUACACAGGACGAGAAUAUCAGGACUAGGUGUUGGAUUGAGAUAGUAGGAGGGAAAAAGAAAGGAAGACUUUAUGGGGCUGGUCAACUUGUUUCAAAAUAUACAGGUCCAAAUGAAAGCUUGAACCAAGUACCAACUUCUUCCUCUUCUAAUACUGAGGACCUCACUAAUAUUAGGCAGCAACUUUCACGCAGCCUAGAGGAAAAUGAGCAAUUGAGGUCUGAGUUUCGAUCCUUUCAGUCACUAGUCCUGCAAUAUCUCCCUCCUGAUGCUUAG